AAACAUCCUAUUUUCUUCCAGAGCGACACAUCAAGUUUACACUCAAACAAACCCUCGCUAAACUACGAUUCAGACUCUCACAGCUCACACAAUCACACCGAAUUCCAAUCAGACGAUGAAAAAUCGCGCGAACCGAAGAAAAGCGAGACAAAAAUCAAAAAAGUCGAGGAGAAACCAGUUGUAAGAGCUCAAUCUCUUUUUUCCUCCCAACCGAAUUCAUAUGACAUACCGUGGGUAGAAAAAGAUGUGCAGGAAAAAAAGGACUUGGUCAGAAUGACUGAAUAUGAAGAAAUACAGCUGUUGAAAACAGUUGAGAAUCGAAUACCCAAAGUUAAGGACCCGAAUAAAAAAGCGGAUUUACAAAGAUUGAAGGCGAAAUUGACUUUGAGGAGACUGAAGAGGCAUCACCAUUUGCCGAUGUUUGACUUAGAUAAGACUGUAAAACUGUUGGGCGGUUAUGUAACGGAAGAUCCGAGGGUAGUUAUGAACGCUGAACGCGUUCUAGACAGGUUCCGGAGAUCGUACCUCAUAGAUAAUCUCUGCGGGACAAUAUCAAGUACAAACUACGGUACUCUGCUCCUGUCGCACAUCGAACCAACGGUCUUCCGGUCAUCGUAUUCGGGAACCAUUUUGAAGCCCUACAUACGAAGGGACGCUACCACUACACCGACGUGGUUGAAGCUCAUGGAUGAACUUUUAAGGAAAACCAAUAGUCAUAUAAAAGACUACGAGCCCCCCCCUCGCGCCACCAUCGACUACUCGUACGUGCGGCCGCAACACAUCGCCGCCGUCAACACUCUGUGCGCACAGUUCUUCUGGCCUGGGAUUGACUUGACGGAGGCCCUCCAGUACCCCGAGUUCAGCUGCGUGGUCUCGUACAAACGGCUGGUGGUGGGCUGCGCCUUCCUGGUGCCGGACGCGGACGGCCAGGCCUACGUGUCCUUCGUGCUGGUGCGGCCGGAGUGGCGCCGGGCCUCCAUCGCGGCCUUCAUGCUGUACCAUCUGCUGCAGACCUGCACAGAUAAAGACGUUACUCUCCACGUAUCACCGACAAAUCCGGCCAUAUUUUUGUAUCAAAAAUUUGGUUUCAAAGUCGAGGAGUUAAUCCAAGACUUCUACGAGAAAUACUAUGAUAUCGAUUACAAAGGUUGUCGGCAUGCGCUUUUCUUGAGACUAGUUCGAUGAAUGAAUAAAGAGUUCUAUUUUCAA